AUGCCGCAGCGCCGGCUGGCCGCCAGGCCCACCAGGCGACAGGGGGCGAUGCGGGUUGCGGCCGCCAGCGGCGAGGCGCUGGUCGUCGGCAGCUCUGGCCAGACCGCGGCGCGCGUGGUGGUCAGCCUGCUGCGCGCCGGCUUCAAGGUCACCGCGGGCGUGGACACUGACAUCGACGAGACGCGGGAGGUGGUGCAGUUUGCCAAGAAGCUGGAGAUCCUGAGCGCGGGCGAGGCCGGCGGGCUCAAGCUGGCCGAGUUCAACCCGCUGGAUGCCGACUCUGUGGGCACCGUGCUCAAGCGCGGCGCACGCGUGGUGCUGGUGGCGGGCGACCAGGCCGGCAGCCGCCGCCCCGACAUGCGCAUCUACGACGCGGUGCUGGAUGCUCUGCUGGAGAACGGCGGCCGCAUCGGCCAGCUGGUGGUGGUGACGCCGCUGGGGGGCGGCGGCACCGCCAUGUUUGGCGGCGGGCGCGGCGGCGGCGGCAGCCGCCUGUCCCCGCUGGAGCAGCGGGUGGCCAGCAGCGGCGUGCCGUACCUGCUAAUCCGCGCCGCGCCCUCUGACCGUGUGACGGACCGGUAUGGCGAGGAGGCGAAUGUGGUGGUGGAGGGCGUGGGUGGGCUGCCCGCCGGCCUGUCCGCCUCGCGCUCCCAGGUGGCCGCCGUGGUGGCGGCGGCCAUGGCCCAGGCCCGUGGCAACGCUAUCAUCGAGGUGGGGGCCUCGCCUGCUGCACCCUCCGUCGACCUGGCCAGCCAGGUGGCAGAAGCGCUGGCCGCCGGCCAGCAGGUGGAGGAGGAGGAGGAGGAGGAGGCGGCAGCCCCCGCCGCCAUGCCCGCCUUCUUCACCAUUGGCGGCAGCAGGAAGAAGCCGGCGCCCGUGGAGGAGGAGGAGGAGGAGGCACCCGCGCCCGCCAAGCCAGCCUUCUUCACCAUUGGCGGCAGCAAGAGGAAGGCGGCGCCGGUGGUUGAGGAGGAGGAGGAGGAGGCCCCUGCCAAGCCAGCUCGCAAGCCUGCAUUCGCCAUGUUUGGCGGCGGCGGGACCCGCAAGGUGGUGCGCGAGCCCGUGGCUGCGGAGGAGGAGGAGGCGCCUGCCAAGCCGGCCCGCAAGCCUGCAUUCUCCUUUGGCACCGUGCGCAUGAGCAAGCAGCAGAAGGCGGCAGCCGUGGAGGAGGAGGAGGCGCCGGCGCCCAAGAAGGCUUUUGCUUUUGGCACCGUGGGCAGCCGCGCCAAGCAGCAGACAGAGGUCGAGGAGGCGCCCGCCACUCGGCGCAUCAUCCGUGGCCGCAAGCCCGUGGCAGCAGAGCCCGAAAAGCCUGCCCCGCGUGCGGCACCAAAGAAGGAGGCUGUCAAGGCGGAGGCGGGCGCGAAGAAGAACGGCAGCGGCGGCUUCCUGGGCUUCCUGGGAGUCUCACAGGAGACCAUUUAUGCCGAUGAGGCGUGA